UGCACUGUGAAAAUUAUUCGUUUUAUUUUUGUCUUUUACAUUGGGUAAAUUCAUCAUAAACAACCUCUUUCUACAAUGAAUGUAAAAUUUUAAUUGGUCAAAAACUAAAGUCAACAUUGAAUCAUAUUGGAAUAAAUUGGGGCAUAUUGGUACUUUUCUCUUGGUAUUAACACAGAGAUCAUGCAUGAUCGUGUACAUAAUUAAUCAACAAUUCAGACUGUUUGCAAUGUCCAUUCCAAAACAUAAAACAGGAUUUUUUUUUUUCUUCAAACGGUCAACAUUAAUACAUAAUAUUUUCUUCGUCAAAUGACAAUGUAAAUAUUGCUAUCUUUCAGGCUGAAUAAAAAUGGAAUUUUAUUCAUGGAUGUGGCUCAUGCUAUGUGCAACUGAAGUCAUGGGACAGUUCCAAGUGGAGCCUCUUGAUUCCACCGUUCUAAAAGGCUCUGAUGCACGAUUCAACGCUAUUGUGGAAGUACCAUGGGAGGUCAUGACAUGGAAUGUCAGAGGUUUUCUGGUUCUCACAGUUCCUAGAAGUGGAAACAUAUCUUCUUCCUCAGAACAGUUUUCUGCCUCCUUCUGCUCAGCUGGCGACACCAGCUGUGUGGCGUUCACCAUUCACAACACCUCCCGCAGGGAAGCUGGGCUGGUCACCUGCACUAUACAGGGAGCCUAUGGAUCAAAGUCGGCAAGUCUACACGUUCAAGAGAGUGGAACAAUCAAGAUCAAAGAAGGUGAUAUGAAAGUGGACCAGGAUGAGGAGGUGGAGUUCAACUGUGUGACCUCAGCUUGGUUCCCUCGUCCUGUUGUCAGUUGGAACCUGAAUGGUGACUCUGUGGAUAGUAGCCUGUACAACAGCAGUCAUGUAGCACAUGAAGAUUGGUUCAACUCCUCCAGUGUCCUAAAGUUUCGUGCUGUCAAAAAUUCUACAGUAGCAUGUUUGGCAACGUUACAGAAACUAAAAAAAACACUAUCCAGCUCUGUCCACCUAGCGGUUGUGCCUAAGCCUCCAGACUGGACUGUCUUGAUAGCUGUGGUUUGCUCCUUUGGCGGUUGUGCUCUGCUCGUUUUACUCAUCCUAGGGGUGAUCUUUUGCUACAGACGCAGGAAAGAAAAAGAACCCAACUAUCAAGAUGAAAUGACUAAAAGAGUGAGGACACAGAGCCAGUUGAGUGGAAUGAGACCGCCUGGACAGAAACAAGGUCGAGUCAAUGCAGGUUAUGUGGCAGAUGGACAAACAAGUGUUGCUCCAAGUGACUUGACAGACAGUGAUUAUUUCCAUGCAAGUCGGUUCAAUUUUUCUGAGAUUGCUGAUGUUGUUUAUCACCACACAGAACAUGACUCCAAAACAUCCUAUAUAGAUGUGGAUGAAGGCUUCAGAAAACAUAGACAUGCCACUACUGUAUGAGAAGUUUUUUUUUUCUUAGGUGUUUUCCAGGGUUUAAAUAUUUUUAGUGCAUAGUAAUGAAGCAAGCAAUAUAUUUGGAACUCUUGAUGAGAAUGUGGUGUCUCGCUUGACAAAGUUGCAUCAUCAGUACAUAUAUCAUAGGCAUAUCAUAGCAUGUCAGUUCUACAACAAUAAAAACUUCCUUUGAAUAAUUAUGAAUAGAUACAUAAAGUUGAGGAUUAUUUAUCAAGGUGGACUGAAUCUCUUAUUGAAUAUUAAUGAUAGCGUGGAUUAAAAACAUUCUUUCUGAUACAAUGUACACUGUAUUAAAAAAAACAAACAGUUAAAAACUCAUCAAAUAUAUGGUUAAA